UAGUAAACUCAGUGAGCUCUGACAAUGCUUCAGGAACAGAAGGCGAUAGUUGGAAGAGACGUGGGGAAGCUCCAGGAGCUGCUAGAUGCAGGGGCAGGGGAGAGGGACUGGAGUUGGAGGGGCAAGGAGAGGAAAACGGCACUGGAGCUUGCUGCAGUAAUAGGUCAACCAGAGAUGGUGAAACUGCUCGCUGAAGCUGGUGCAAACCCCAACCACCUCUCAGCAUCAGGAUAUAGUGCACUGCACCAGGCCUCCAUGUGGGGUCAGUUUGACUGUGUCAAAGAGCUUGUCAGAGCAGGUGCUGACCAUCGUCUUCGUACCAAAUCUGGAGAGACUUCACGGCAGCUGGCAUUGCGUUAUAGAAACACUGCUUGUUCUGACUAUCUUUCCGGUGUUGAGGCUCGCAGAGUGUUGAAUGAAGCAGUGCAGGAGGCACGAGGGAUGCUAACUGACUCUGAGCUAAUUGCUGGCAGAUGGAACAAGGAGGACAAGGCAAAAGUGACUGCACUGUGCCAGGACAAAGAGCAAUGGCUUGCACACAGUGAGGAAUGCUUUGAAGAAAUCGUACAUCAAACUAAUGACUUUCGUGUGCUGAUACAGCCAUAUUUUGAUAAGCUCCAACUUAUUAGUAGGAAAACUGUAUGAUAUUCUCACAUAAAAGUUUGUACAAAGAAAAAAUGCAUGAUAGGCCAGUGUCAAUGGUACAUAGUAUAAACAUAAUAAUAAGAAGAAAGGCCGUUAUUGUGUGUCUGAUGCUGUACCUGCUCCUAAUUUGUCCGUUCUUGAAGGUAUAGUUGGGUUUCCUAUUUUAGUCUUCUCUGCACUGCUUGGGAGUUUCCGACGCUGUUUGGAGCUUGCAGGUGCUGGUAGUUCAAUUGGUUUCAAGUUCAUAUCACGCCUGUGCAAAGGUGGAGGGAGAGUGUUUGAGCAAGCAUAUGUAUAUACAUACGCAGCAAAACCAACCUUUCCAUGUCUGCUCCAGCAACCACAACAUCUCCCUUACUUCUGUCAACAUAUAUCUGGAGGCCUGGGGGCUCCUCCUCAGCCGAGCAGCCUAGGUCACUUUGCUGCUGCUGGAGCAGUUCGUCAAUGACACUGCCAGCAUCAACCCUGCUCUGCUCCACCUGAGUCUGAGUCGUGACUCUGGUCCUAGCACUUACCAAUGACUCCGUAUCCUCAAUGGCAACUGCAUGUGCCGAACGUUCGGACAAAGUGGAGUAGGCAGAAGUGGAGCGAGAGCUAUUAGGAGUUAUAGAGAGGCUCUGAAUGCGGCGAUGCUGGACCUUGGAGGGCGAGCCACUACCACUUCCAGAUUCGCGGCGAUGGAAGCGCGGGUAAGACAAACUGUAACUGUCUGGUGGCAGCUGUGUAGGAAGCCGUAACUCACUUUCGGCUACAGAGUUGCUGCGUUCAGCGCGGCUAUUAGCGUUCUGGCCCACAUAAGCCGGCUUGUCUUUGGCUGGAUGGCACAUCUGACUGUCUUUUGUUUCAGUUCCCUUCAUUUCAUGGCUGCUGGCUGAGCUGUGUUGACUAGCACUCUCGUACUCAGAAGACCCUGCUGAGUCACUGCUAGCAUGUGGCCUGGCAUGCAAGCUGCAGGCAGAGCUGCUCUUGGUCUCUGGUGGUGUGGCCAGGACAUGGCUUCUCAUGUCUUGUAGACUGGAACCAACAUGAACGUUUCCACUCCCACUACCGCCACCUAGG